AUGAAACGAACAAUUAGUCUUUUAUUUUUCUUUGCUCUUAUUAUAACGAUUGGUGCUCCACCAGUUGUUGAAAAUCCCACUAAAGAUAAACCACAGCCUGCUUCAAAAGAUAAUGAUACUUCCGAUGAUGUGUUAGACAAUCUUGAAUAUGGAAGAUAUUUGAAAGAAGUUGUUGAAAUACUUGAAAGUGAUCCGGAAUUUAAAAAGAAAAUUGAAAAUGCAUCAACAGAUGAUAUUAGAUCAGGAAAUAUUGCUGAACAUUUAAGUCUUGUUCAACAUCAUAUACGUACACAACUUGAUGAAGCUAAACAACGAGAAAUGACUCGAUUAAGAGAUUUCGUUGGACAAAAAGUUCGUAAUUUAAAUGAGAGACAACGUCUUGAACUUGCUCGAGCUGGUUCAAAUGGGAAAUUAAUAAAAGAAUUUCUUCCUCAACAUAUUGAUCAUAAAAACUCUGAAACAUUUGGUCAACUUGAUCUCGAACAGAGACAACGUCUUGAACUUGCUCGAGCUGGUUCAAAUGGGAAAUUAAUAAAAGAAUUUCUUCCUCAACAUAUUGAUCAUAAAAACUCUGAAACAUUUGGUCAACUUGAUCUCGAACGUUUGAUUCGUCAUGCAUCAAAAGAUCUUGAUGAACUUGAUCGAAAACGUGAACAACAAUUUAAAGAAUAUGAAAUGCAAAAAGAAUUUGAACGUCGACAAAAACUUUCUAAACUAAAUAUUGAAGAACGUAAAAAAUUAGAAAAAUUACAUGAAGAAGCAUUAGAAAAAAAGAAAAAACAUCCAAAAGUAAAUCAUCCCGGCAGUGUUGAUCAAAUGGAAGAAGUAUGGGAAAAAGUUGAUAAUUUAGAGGGAGAUCAAUUUACACCAAAAUCAUUUUUUCAAUUACAUGAUAUUAAUAGCGACGGAUUUUUGGAUGAAGGUGAACUUGAAGCAAUUAUGUUAAAAGAGGCAGCAAAAAUACAUGAAGACACACCAGAAGCUGAUCCAGUUGAAAAACAAGAAGAAAUGGAUCGAAUGCGUGAACAUGUUAUGAAAGAAUUUGAUAAAGAUAAUGAUCGAAUGCUUUCAUUAGAAGAAUUCAUGUCUGGUAUAAAUGGAACAGGUGCAAAAAAUGAACAAGGGUGGCAGUCGAUUGAAGACAAAACUGUCUUUUCUGAUCAAGAAUUUCAGCAAUUUUCCGAGAAAUUAGCUCCAGCAUCAACUCCAAUACCUCCUCAUCAAACUCCUGCACCACCCAAUGUCCAACAAGCUCAAGUUCAUCUUGAAGCAGCAGCACAACCUCCACCACUACCUGCAGUACAAGUUCCCGCUCAAAAUCAACCAUCAGAACAACAACAGGCUCAUAUUCCUCGAGCUCCAUCAGCACCCAAUAAUCCAUAG